UUGUAGACUUGAGCUAAAGCGAAAGGAGGUAUUUUCGUAUUCUGAAUUUUCUAAAUCUAUUUUAAGUUAUAUGUCUUCAUGCUUUUAAUAAGAAGUUUCUAAUAAUAAGCGAAAAAAAAAAAAAAAAUGGAACGCGUGCAUGCACAUCUGGAGGAAUUCCUUGUAGAGUAUUGCGAGGAUCUGCCAGAAUAUAUUCCAUGCCUCCUAGAACCUCCAUCGCCUGUUGACUUUCUUAAUGAAUAUGUGUACUUAAAUUUGCCUUUUGUUAUACACUAUAAGGAACCACCUUUUCCAGCUGUAGGAUUAUGGAAUGAAUCAAAGUAUUUAAGAGAGAAGAUGGGAAAAGAGAAAGUGACUGUUGCUGUAACACCAAACGGCCUAGCAGAUGCUGUUGUAAAUGAUUUGUUUAUGCUACCUGAAGAAAGAGAAAUGGAAUUUACAACAUUUCUUGAUGAGCUUGGACAUCCCCCUUUAGAUCAAGUUUUUUAUUUGCAAAAGCAAAAUAAUAACUUGAUUGAGGAAUUUUCUCCACUAACUUGUGAUAUUGAUACUCAUAUAACAUGGGCGACUGAAGCAUUUGGUAACGAACCUGAAGCAGUGAAUAUUUGGAUAGGAGAUAAUCGAUCUGUUUCUUCAAUGCAUAAGGAUCAUUAUGAGAAUCUCUAUUAUGUAAUCGUUGGAACGAAGAAAUUCGAUCUUUAUCCUCCAGUUGCUUCGUGUUGGAUGCCAUAUAAAAAAUAUAAGAAAUAUCAAUGGUACUACGAAGAUAAGCAGUGGAAAAUGAAGGAUUUGAACGAAGAGAUAAAAUGGAUAUCUAGCGAUAAAAAACCUGAAACUCCGAAGAAGUUAUUACUGUAUUGUAAAACAAAAUCAUUUUGCGUGGAAUUGGAACCUGGUCAAUGUUUGUUUAUACCAGCUCUGUGGUAUCAUGAAGUUCGUCAAUCAGAAUUUUGCAUUGCAGUGAACUACUGGUAUAACAUGAAGUUUGAUUCAAAGUACCCAUUCAUGCGUUUAUAUGAGAAUCUAUGCAACUUACCUAUUUUGAGUAUUGAUGCUGCUGUAGAUAUACAAACCGAUCUCGAGGAGAGUUUAUGUCUUGAACUGACUAAAGCAUCCCUUAAGAAAAAUGAAAAGGAUUCGCCGAAGAAGAUAAUUAAGAAAUAAGUUGAUACUGUAUUGUGUGCAGUUCUGAUUAUAAAAAUAUUUGCAUCAGAUGUUAUACAAAGCUUAUUAGUUAGUAAUACAACUAUGUAUCUUUUUAUAUUUGUCUUAUUAAAUUUAUACUUUUA